CGUCUUAAAGUUAGCAAGAAGAGGCCGAGUGUGAAAACUGGUGGCAUUAUUUCUAUCUUCCAUCCAUCCAUCCAACCGAAGAAAGAAGAAGAAGAAAAAAGAAGAAAGAAAGUAAAGGCAAGGCAAGAUGGGAUCUGGCGCUGGAAGUUUUCUGAAGGUUUUGGCCGCAAAUUUUGAUGUUCUUGCUGGGCCCGUGGUCAGUCUAGUUUAUCCACUAUAUGCAUCAAUUAGGGCAAUCGAAACCAAAUCUGCUGAAGACGAUAGGCAAUGGCUUACUUAUUGGAUUCUUUAUUCCAUGAUUACCCUCUUCGAGCUUACCUUUGCCAAACUUAUUGAAUGGAUUCCGAUUUGGUCAUAUGCUAAGUUAUUUGGGACCUGCUGGCUGGUGAUACCAUACUUCAGUGGUGCUGCAUAUGUUUAUGAGCAUUAUCUAAGGCCAUUGUUUGUAAAUCCUCAGAGUAUUAACAUCUGGUAUGUCCCGAGGAAGAAGAAUGACAAGGAUUUAUUCAGUAAGCCCGAUGAUAUCAUCACUGCUGCAGAGAAGUACAUUGCACAAAACGGCCCUGAUGCAUUUGAGAAGCUCAUUCAUAAGACUGAUAAGGAGUCAAAGAUGAGGAGCGAGAGUUAUAAUCCAUUUUUUGAAGAUCAUCACUCCCAUGAGUACAGAUACUGAGCUUUGCGACUUAUCGUUGCCUUUAUGAUGAAGACUAUUUGUUUAGAUCGGGAUGGAUGGAAUGAUGUAUUAUUAUUAUUAGUUACGUGUGUGUUGAUGCUACUUAAGAUUAAGAUGAUGAUGAUGUUUUGCUGUUUGUUGCAGCAAAUACAGUUCAUGUUCUUUCUUUUUUAUAAGGUUGCUAGAGACAACUAAACUAAACUUGGCUAUGUAGAUAUAAUUGUUUUAACUUGUGUGCUUCAUGUGGCAUUAAUAUAUAAUGUUCUUUUUUUCAGCA